CCCCAAGCCACUUCCACGGGCUUCCAGCUCGCGCCGGACGAUCUGGAUGAUGCUCCGGAGCCCUCGUCCUGAACCCGGCAAGAGUGAACAGAGGAACUGAGCAGUGCUGUGGAAUGAAGGCAAGAGCUCAGAGGUCAGACCAAGAAAAAGAUCUGGAUUUCAUCUGAGAACUCCAGCCUUAGAGGAGUUUGCCAGAGGUUUCCGUCAGCACGCCCUUGAAGAGGAUGAAAAAAUCGCCCACUCAGAAUUUGAACGGUUCCUGAGCGGAUCCUCACAGACUGGACACCCACUCAAGGAGAAGUCCCUCUCCAUUUCCAGCAACACCUCCGCCCAGUAUCCCUGUCUCCCAUAGCUCCUGAGCCUCACCCUUCCGGCAUGUCUCAGGAAGAUGACAAAUCCCGCUGCAACGGGAUCAAGAAGCACAGAACUACCCUGCCAGUGCCAAUGAUAUCCCGGAAUGAUGUAAGCAUCUGGAGCAUCCUUAAAAAGUGCAUCGGGAUGGAGCUGUCCAAGAUCACCAUGCCCGUUGUCUUUAACGAGCCGCUUAGCUUCCUGCAGCGCAUCUCAGAGUACAUGGAGCACACGUAUCUUAUCCAUCAAGCAAACAGCUCGUCCGACUCCAUCGAGAGGCUAAAGUGCGUGGCUGCGUUCGCAGUGUCUGCCGUGGCCUCGCAGUGGGAGAGGACGGGGAAACCCUUCAACCCCCUGCUGGGAGAGACAUACGAGCUGGUCAGAGAAGACCUGGCCUUCAGGUGGAUGUCGGAGCAGGUGAGCCACCACCCCCCCGUCAGCGCCUUCCAUGCCGAGGGCCUCGGGAACGACUUCGUCUUCCAUGGCUCCAUCUACCCCAAGCUGAAGUUCUGGGGCAAAAGUGUGGAGGCUGAACCUCGAGGGAUCAUUACCCUGGAGCUUCCUAUGCACAAUGAAGCGUAUACGUGGACGAACCCCAUCUGCUGUGUCCACAACGUCGUCGUGGGCCAGCUGUGGAUCGAGCAGUAUGGAAACGUGGAGGUGGUCAACCACAAGACGGGAGAGAAAUGCAGCCUCACCUUCAAGCGGUGUGGUCUGUUCGGUAAAGAGCUGCACAAGGUAGAAGGGUACCUGCUGGAUAAAAGCAAAAGGAAGCUGUGUGCCCUGUACGGGAAGUGGACCGAGUGUCUGUACACAGUGGACCCGGCCGUGUACGAUGCCCACAAGAAAGCAGACAAGAAGAGUACUGAAGAAAAGAAGGGGGCCAAACCGCACGGCUCGGAUGAAGAGUCUGAGGAGAUGCCCAUUCCGGAGUCGGAGACGGUGCCGGUGAUCCCGGGCAGUGAGCUGCUGUGGAGGAUCACACCCAGACCCGAAAACACCGCACAGAUGUACGCCUUCUCGACUUUCGCCAUGCAGCUGAAUGAGCUGGAGGAUGGCAUGGAAGGGGUGAUCCCAGCGACGGACUGCCGGCUCCGGCCUGACAUGCGAGCGUUCGAGAAUGGAGACAUAGAUCAGGCCAGCAAGGACAAGAAGAGGCUGGAGGAGAAGCAGAGGACGUCGAGGAAGGAGCGCGCCAAGACGGGGGAAGACUGGAAGAGCAGGUGGUUCCACCAGGCACCCAACCCCCACAAUGGUUCCCGGGACUGGAUCUACUCUGGUGGAUAUUGGGACAGGAACUACACCCAGCUCCCUGAUAUUUAUUAACUUCCCAUUCCCAUGAUAAAGAGAAUCUUCUCAUGCU